GAUAUCUUGCCUGACCUGACACACUAAAGAUAUAGAAAGAGACUCCAUAGACUAAGGCUCGCUUUCUCUUAGCCACUUGCGAUCUUCCUUUCUCCCGCGUACUUGCUUGACCCCUUAUACCCGCACGCUCGGACUCGUAACAUCUAGAUGGCGGCGAAGGACCUUUUGGAGCACAUUGACUUCUCCGGACUGGAGUGCCUGAACGAGGCGCCCAACCACGGCGUCGCCAACGUGCUCAAGCAAGGCUACCGGGAACAAGACGAGCUCUAUUUGGAGAGCGACACCGACGAGCAGCUCCUCCUCAACAUCCGCUUUCAGCAGCGUGUCCGCGUCAGCGCCCUCGUCAUCAAGGCCAUUGACGAGGCCAAGGCGCCCAAGACCAUCAAGCUCUACGUCAACAGGCCGCACAUGGGCUUCUCCGACACGGGCUCUGUGCCGUGCGCCCAGGAGCUGGUGCUGUCGGGCGCCCAGGCCGCCCAGGGCGACCCGCUGCCGCUCAAGCUGGUCAAGUUCAACAACGUGGACACACUCAGCGUGUUCAUUGAGGACAACCAGGGCGGCGAGGAUGUGACGCGGCUGUGCAAGAUCGCGCUGAUGGGGUCCACGGGCGAGGUGUUCAACGUGGCGGAGAUCAAGAAGCAGGAGGACAAGUGAUGAAAUAAGCAGCAGAGGAAACGUGAUGUGCAAAACGAGGACAACAUGGGCGUGGAAUCAUGUCCGCUAGAGGGCUGUGGUGGUGGCUGUGGUGAUGUGUGAAGGGAGGAGCAAGAGCAUAAGCAGAGAUGCUUUUGCGGCUCUGAGGAGGACGUUGUCGGAGAGGUGACGGGAUUGGAGGGGGGAAUCGUGUUACCUCUUUUGACGAGGGCGCAGUGGUUGGAUGUGGGCGGGUGUGUUUCACCUGCGGCAUAGGCGGCGUAGCCGCGCCACUGGGACAAGGUGGAGGGCAUGAUGCGCAGCUGGUGGAGUUUGCCGUAACCAGAGCAGGAGCCACGGCAUGCUGGCGCUGACCAGGAGGAUUGCAGGUGCACGUGGCUCGGACGACGUUAUGGGACCUGACUUGCCCGAGGCUGUAAGCCUGUAAUAGUGGAACCCA